AUGUCUUCUGCACCUUCCAAAUACAAGGAAACUAGUUCACGUUGUCCUUUUCCUGGCGAAACUACGGAAUGCGAGGCGGCGAACGACAAAAGUCAACCCCAGUCCCUAAACUCGCACGCACGAUCCAGAAGCAAAAAAACGUUCAACCCACAGCUGAUCCUUGAAAACAACGGAAGUGUGGCGAGAGAUCAUUUAGCCUCUGAAAGAACUUUCUUAGCCUAUGUCAGGACAAGUUUGGCAAUAGCUUCUACCGGUGUCGCUCUUGUACAAUUGUUGACAAUAUCCGUUUCAACCAAUGGGUCGACAACGUCAUUAACAACAGAACCAACGUCCCAACGUAUGCAAGCGUAUGCGAAACCUUUGGGUUCUGCCUUCGUCAUUUUUUCCAUCGUCCUGCUCAUCACUGGGUUAACGCGCUACUUCUCCAUACAGAAUGCUUUAACGCUCAACCAAUUUCCAGUGGCUCGACUAAUGAUCAUUAUCAGCUCUCUUAUUCUCGGAGCACUCGUCAUAUUUACAUUUGCAAUUUUGGUUGCUGGUCAAAGUUGA